UGUGGAAAAUAAUUCGGAGGAUCCACCGCCUCUGAUCGCUUCGCCGUGCCUUUCCCGCUUUCCGUCGCCUCCGGAAUCGCUGCGCCAGCCAACUACCGGCAUUCCUUCUCGUUUCUUCAUGUAGAGACAAAAAUCCGAGAAAGGUCGGCGGAAAAAGAAGAAAAAGGAAAUAAAGAAACAUCCACCACCAUCGUUGUCACGUUGUUGUCGCCUGUCGCCACCGGCUGCUGAAGGAAAUCGACGAGCAGAUCGAUAGACUAAGAUUGACGAGGCAGAAAUCUCUCCUCUGCAGGACAACGCUCGUGGUCCUGCUGCAAUCCUCAGUUCCACCAUUUCCGAAUCGCUGUUGCAUUCUUUGAUGGGAAGAGAGAGGCCGAAACCUUAAAGAAGCAGUCUUCAACUUGGACCUGCCCAUUCCCCUGUUCUUGAUUAUCAAUCUGAACCCCAGGUAUAGCUUCUUGCUUCUGCUAUUCGUUGAUAGGAGCAAGCAUGCAUGUUUGUAAGGACUCUUGCGGGUUGGAUGUGUUUGUUUAAUCAUUUUCACUUGUGCAUGGAAGAUUGCUUGCUGAUUCACCCUUGUGGAACGUGGUAUUUUUUUUUGGGUUGGAAGAACUCAACUGCUCAUCCCCUUGUAAUUGAUCAUUGUAAAUUUAUAUUGAAGUGUAUCGUUCCUUAUAUGAUUGGUGAUUGUUCGUCUGACUUGAGCAAGAUCCCUUUUGUCAUUGUCGUGAUAGAACGGAAGAUUGUCUUGAUCUUCUCAUUUUUUAGUGAACGGUAAUCAUGAACUUCGUAAUAAAUGUCCUUGAAUAUGGUUUUGAAAGUGCUUUUGAAUGACCUGGUUCGAAAUGAGUUCGUAAUAGAAUAACUUUCUUGCUAGUUCGUGAUUUGUUUCUUCUGAGGAAAACACUCUCGAGUUGAACAGAGGACAGAAACAUGUGAACUCAUUGUUAUACUCCUUCACCAAUAACUAUUGCAACAAUCUAAGAACUUGUUCUUGCUUGGUUCGAAAGGUGAUGGUAAAAGAGCUGUUGCGGCUUCAAAUUGAGCUUGAUUGUUGAUUUGAAUUGUCAAUCUGGUUUGUGACAUAGCUCCUUAGGCCAGUUGCGUACUGCAAUCCAAUCCCAACAUGAUGAAAACAGGUCCCCCCCUGUUUAGUUGCGCCUUUAGGUGGCUGAGCUUGUAUAGUUUUCUUAUAAAAAAGAGCGAGUUUGUAAAUAGCUCGAGGCGAUUUCCUUGUUGGCUGCUUUCUAAUAUCUUAGCUCUUCUAUGUAUUUUGUACAACCAAAUUGAUUGAAAUUAAUAAACAUAGGAACUUUAUUUCUCUCUGCAUGCUUGUUGGUAUUGAGAGAAAAAACAUGUUUUUGGUACGUUUGUAUGCUGCCAGAGUCUUUGCUUGCUUAAACUCCUGCUGACAUAUUCAUUUCUACCUUUUGGGGAUCUCACUAUAACAACAUGGGAUCCUGAAGAAUUAAAACAAUUUGGAAUUAGAGAAUGGUUUGUUUUAUGAAAUUAUUUGUUUUUGACUCAUGGAUUCUUCCCUUGUCUCUGUUUUCUUCUUGCACUUUGUCCUUCUUGUUAAGUCUGCAACGCUAGGUGAGAUAGAGCUUUCAGUUCAUUUACAUCAAUCUUGAAAAGGCCAUUCAUUUCUGUUUAAUGUAAUUUGUUCAAAAGCUUGCUGAUUAGUCGUAAUUUAUGCAGGACAUUCUGUUUUGGCUGUCAGAGGUUGGCAUUUGCAGAAUCAAGGUUACAGAUCUGGUAAACCUGCUUGAUUCCAAAAUAGUCAUGCGUGAUUAUUGGUGGUUUCUCCUAGACAUGAAAGGAGAGUCUCCAUAUAUCUUACCUGUCGUGCCCCUUCUCUCACAUAGUUGCAGCAACCACUUAUUUGCUCAAUUUAGCUCAUUUAUGGAUAACUUCACGGAUCAGUCUCGGUUGUUAGAUGGCCCUGGCCGUAUUACCGAAGAAGCUUUUCGUCGUACUUCAAAGGUUUCGGAGCAAGUUAAGCACGCCACUCCGAUGGACUUAUAUAUUGAUGGGUUUUGCUCUGGUUCUGCCUCAAAAGGAAAACCUUUCUCCUCAGAGGUGUUAAAAAAGAUCUCUGGUAUUUUGACAAGGCUAAUGUCUAGAGAAGCUGACGGGAACCAGUCAUUACCUGUGCUAUCAUUAGCUAGCGCCUUCAUUCCACCAUUUAAGAAUUCAUCUCCUGAAUUAUUAGGUGGGAACCCUGAUAAUGAAGCAGUUAGAGUGCGCACUUUCUUUGAUCAAAGCCAGUGUACCAUUGAACCUCGGGGAUGUUCAAUCUGUUCAUGUCCUGACAUAAACUGGGAAAAUCAUGCAAUUGAGCCAAGAACUGGCAUUGAGUUCCCAAUAGUACUUAAUAGUUCAACCCAGGAGAAGAAAUCUAAUCUAUCCCCGGAGAUCCUUGUUGGAACUGGUUCAAGAACCAUGAAAAUAAUCAAAAUAAAGUCUCUUAAAGUCUACGCAUUUGGUUUCUAUGUCCAUCCUAACUCGCUCUGUGAGAAGUUGGGCUGGAAAUAUGCUUCCAAUCAAGUAUGUGAAGUAGGCAAGAAGCAUGACUUCUACCAGGACCUUCUCAGGUAUCUAGCAACUUAACCUCAUGGUUGAGUUUUCUUUUCCUCCAAAUUUUGCAUCUUUUCUUGGACUUCAUUUUUGUUAGAUAAAUAUUCAUCUAAGGGUAACCUUGGGAUGUCAGUGGUGAUGAUGCAGCUCCUAACUUUUCAAUCUCAUGAAAACACCCAAAUCACCUAGUAUUUAAACCUUGGGCCGACAUAUAUUUUAUAUUUAUAUAUAUUCUCAAUUUCCUAGCUAGGCUAUGAAGCUAUAUAAGAAGCUUGCGAGGAUGUUCUGAAACGUCUUUACUAUUGUUACCUUGUGAGUCAAUUGCUUUUAAAUUCCUUCCCAAGUGACUUGGCUAAGAUGAGAAAUCGCUUUAGAAAGUUCUCUCCCGGCCUUUGUUCUCUCCUGUUUUUCCCAUCAGAAAUUAAAUGAAUUUUGUAACUACUUUCUUUUAUUGGCAUGGUUGGGCACUUUGGUUGGUAGAUCAGACUGCAUAACCAAAAUGUUUGUUUAAUGUAAACAAAUUUGAUUUUUUUACGAGUACAAUGUAUUAAAUUUAUAAAACUGUUUCCUAACAUUUUAUGAGUUGUACAGGGAGGAUAUUGGCAUGACUGUUCGUCUUGUGAUAAACUGCAAUGGAAUGAAAAUCAAUACUGUGAGAGAGUACGUGAUUUCUAAUUUUGAUUUGUGCCUUCUUAAAUAAAUAUUAUGAUUCUAUUAUUUGUCUUGCCAGUAUUUUAGGAUGGGGUUGGAUCUUAGCAUAAGUGUGUAUGCAGUAAUGUAUCAAUGAACUUCAGUUGAAUUGAACAAAACAAAAUGGGGUUUUGCUACAACACAUUUGUCCUCUAUUGUUGGUAAUGAUUUAAAGUAGCUACCUGUACAGGUCAUUAUUUCCUUGUGAGUUUAAAUCGUUUAGUGAUUCCUUAAUCAUGAAUAAAGAACAAGAUUCAUUGAGUAUCAGAGUACUUUCUACAAGAACUCAUGGAAAAGACAUGUUUCUGUUUUUUUAUUUUUUUAUUUUUUUUAUGGGAGGACAUGUUUCUGUUUGAUUCAAGAUGUAUGGUGGUUAUUCAUGUUUCUGUUUGCUUUUAGCUGUAUGUUAGUUAGAUCCAGAUGAGUUCAGAGUAGUAGGCAUUUGCUCUGAUGGAUGCUUCACUGUAGCAACUAUUUUGAAAGAAAUCUGGCGGACUUCUCACUUGUUAAAAGCAUGGACCUUUGUGUUUACAUGAUUGCAGUGCUUUUCAAAAAUCACUUCGAGCUCGACUACUGAAGGUAUGCCAUCAAAUCAUAUUCCUUGAGCUGUAAAAUUUCAAUAUUGCAUUCUACUUCAUUCUCAAGUUGACGAAGAGAGAGGAACAGAUUGAGUAGCAUACAAUCUGUGACAUUCUAAUUGAUUCUUUUUUUUUUUCUUUUUUCUUUUUGGCUUAGCAGACAAACCCCAGCACUGAUUACAGUUGCCUGGAAGCAUUUAGCUCAUUGUUUACAAAAGAUAUUCCAUUGCCCGCAGUAAUUUCCCACUUGGCAAUCCGCGUUGCUGCUGUUGAAAUUAAACUGUUUUACUAUCUUGAGGGUUUUAUUGAGACUACCGUCUCAACUGAUUUGUUCUGCAGGGAACCACUGUUGAUUUUAGGCGCACAGCUGAUGGCCAUCUAAUAACUGAAAGUAAGAAAUAGUUGGUCUUUAGGUUGCAUCCAUUCACGUUUGAGAAAGUGAGCUUCUGUAGGUUCAUCCUUGAAAUCUAAAGCUUGCAUGUACCUGCUCUGCCCUCUGGCGCUGAUUAUUGGUUUCUCACUCAAAUUACUUAAUGUUAGUAAUGAUGAGUCAUAGUGGUAUAUGUGCCUCCAGUUAUGUCUGAGUGUAGAGCUCUUUCUUUUUCAUGUAGUUGAAGGAAAUCAUAUUGGAGCAAUCCAGAGCAAGGAACUAUGCAGUAAGUUGUCCUCUCUGAUGAAUGCUAACCAUAUGUGGUGUAGGUGUCUGCUGGGGGUUUGGAAUGGCAGUGUUGCUGGGAAUUCGCUUUGCGUAAACUGAACAUAUGUUUUGAUUUAUGCAGGGGCUUUCUUUGACAUGUAUCUAGGGGAUAUUCCAGUUUCGGAGCAAACAAAGGAAGAUAUUGGCAAAAAUGUGGCGAGUAUCAUUAGGAAAUGCUAAGCCAUCACAACUCCGUUGUCUCAAUUUUUGGAGACAUUUGGCGGGCUAAUGGAAUGAAUAAACAUCUUUGCUUAGCAGAAAGUGUGAAUUCAGGAAUAGUGCUGUGGUAUUGAGCUAGUGGGCACAACGUAGAGGUACUGGUUUAUGUGAGAGUCAUUAGAAAUUGAAUGCACGUCGUUUCCAGAUGCCUAGCUGGAGCUUCAUCUGCUGCUUAGGCGAGUUCCUUUGAUCAACAAGGGGUAGGAGGAUCCAUCUUCGAUUAAGGGUGGUUCCGGUAAAGUCUUGCAGAUUAUACUCUACCGUUGGUUACCGACACAACAAAUGGCAUAAAACGUGCAAAUAUUGUGUCAAUGUUCCAAGGUGGAUCGCUUGUCCAUAUUUAUUAUCUAGCACAGUACGAAGAGUUAUUUGUUCCCUUUGUUACCGAUACAACAAAUGGCUUAAAAUCUU